AUGAUGCCUGUCUUGAUACCGCCAUGGCUAGGUUUUAUCGGUAUCGGCGGCCUAGCCUUCUUGAUUUAUCAAAUAUUUCAAGUCGGACGAAGGCCGAAAAACAUGCCACCAGGGCCACCAACUCUGCCCGUAGUUGGCAAUCUUCACCUAUUACCAUCAAAGGAUGUGCAUGUCAAGUUCAAGGAAUGGGCUGACAAAUACGGGGAAAUCUAUUCGGUGAUGCUUGGCAACCAACGCAUGGUUGUCCUGAAUUCACCGCGAGUAGUCAAAGACUUGAUCGAUCAGCGAUCCAACAACUACUCCUCACGACCUGAGAUGUAUGUCGGUCAGACACUGAUAUCAGGUGGCUACCGCCUGGUCCUCAUGCAAUAUGACGAAGGAUGGCGUCUAGCCCGCAAGAUGAUCCACAAUCUUCUCAACAUCAAAACCGCCGUGGAAUAUAUUCCUUAUCAAGAACUAGAACUUCGGCAGAUGCUGGCAGACAUGAUCAAAAGGCCCAACAAAUAUCACGACCACGUCAGACGCUACAGCACGUCAUUGGUCACCAGUAUGACAUUUGGAUGGAGAAGUCUAGCAUUCAACGACCCGGACGUUAAGCAAAUUUACGAGGGGUUCGAAGAAUUUGCUGUGGCGUCCCAGGUGUCUGCCUCAAUGUUAGAUUACUUCCCGAUUUUGCGCAAUCUUCCCGACUCCAUCAACCCAAGCAAGAAGAAAGGUAAACAGCUUCACAAGGAAGAAAUAGCAUUGUACAAGAGCUAUAUGCUUAAAGUCAAGGAAAGAAUUGCAAAAGGUAUUGCAAGCAAAAGCUUCUGUGAAGACAUGUUCAAAUCACAAGAGAAAGUAGGUUUCUCGGAUGACUGGGCAAGCUACGUCAGUGGUACUCUUCUUGAAGCGGGAUCUGACACGACGGCCUCUAUCUUCCUCUCAUUCGCAGUGGCUAUGAUCAAUUUUCCGGAAGUCCAAAAGAAAGCCCAAGAAGAGAUUGAUCGUGUUAUUGGGCCUAACACUCUACCAACUAUGGCCGAUGAGCCCAGUCUGCAAUACAUUCGUGGAGUUGUUAAGGAGUCACUCCGAUUCCUGCCUUCAAGCAUUCUCGGUAUCGUUCCCCACGCAACGACCAAUGAAGACACAUACAAGGGAUACACAUUCCCAGAAAAGACCGGCAUGAUGAUCAAUGUUUGGGCCUUGAACAACGACCCAGAAAGAUACCCGAACCCCCGCAAUUUCGACCCAGACCGAUACAAGAACGACUUCUUGCGCGCACAGGAGAGCGCCAGUCAGAAUGAUCCUUACAAGCGCGAUCAUUUCACUUUCGGGGCUGGCCGGCGGGUUUGUCCAGGCCUAAACAUCGCCGAGCGCUCGCUAUUCUUAGGUAUCACAUUCAUUCUGUGGGCAUUCACAUUUGAGCAUGAUCUAGAUGAGAACGGCAACAAGAUCCCAGUAUCUACUGAAGCAGUCACUCAAGGCAUUGUUUGCCGACCCACCCCGUUCGCGUACAGAUUGGUUGAGAGAGAUCACGAGCGGACUAAACGUGUUCUCAAGGCGUGGGAUAAUGCCAAGGAGCUUCUAAGCAAGUAUCCUGAGGGUAUCAGAAGCACCCAAUACGCUAAGGACUGGAAGGACUUUACCACCCAUGAAAAGUUUUAUUCUGCUUAG